AUGAGCGAAGACCUGUCUCCUAUGAGAGCCGUCCGAUCAGACGGCAUGGCCCUCGACACCACAAGGAAGGAUCAAUUCGAAGCCCCAGCCCAUUUGGAAGACAUCUCCGUUGCAAGUUCGAACGCGCAAGAGUUGGAGGCACCGAUCAACUGGCCCACAUGGAAACGAAAUGCUCAAAUCUUGAUGGUGGCCAUCCACUCGAUGGUAUGCGUUUUCAUGGCUGCUGGGCUCAUUCCUGGAUAUGAAUCAAUGGCGGAGGAGUACAACAUUACAGUGCCUCAGGCUACCUAUCUAACGUCUGUUCAGAUCCUCAUCUUGGGGAUUGCCCCAUUCUUUUGGAUUCCUAUCACGAUGCGCUAUGGCCGUUACCACAUCUUCAUGUUCUCGGUGCUGGGUACUAUGCUGUGCAACAUCGGAGGCGUCUUCUGCAAAACAUUCGGUGCGCAGAUGGCUACACGUGCUAUUGCAGCUUGGCUCAUCUCACCUCCGCUCGGAAUUGGUAGCGGCGUGGUGACGGAGUUGUGCUAUCCGGAAGAGCGUGCCCGGAAACUAGGAUGGUGGACCUUGCUAAUUACUAUCGGAAUCCCGGGUGGUGCAUUCAUAAACGGCUUUGUUGUGCAGCACCUUGGAGUGGCCUGGAUAUUCUGGAUAUUUGCGAUCAUUAACGGAACUCAAUUUAUUGCCUACCUCCUGCUUGGUGACGAGACUCUGUACGUGAAGGAUAUCUACGUCUCUCAGAACUCAAGCAAUGGUUGGAGUCCGCUCGUGCCUUGUCGCCUCGACCCUCGCCCCUUCGAGCUACAAGACUUUAUCGCCCCUCUUUUUCUAGCAAAGUUUCCUCGCAUUCUAAUUCCAGGAAUUGCAUAUGGCGUUGAGUUUGCCUACGCUAAUAUUGCCAUUAUCGUCGAAACCCCACUAAUCUUUGGCGAGAAAUUCCACUUCAAUGCCCAGCAAGUGGGUUAUCAGUUUGUCUCCGUCAUCAUUGGCUCCGUUAUUGGUGAACAAGUUAGUGGGCCAAUGUCAGAUUGGUUCCUAAGGUUCCUCCAGCGUCGGAAGGGCCACACUAUUCCCGCGGAUCGUUUGUGGCUGUCAUAUAUCGGGUAUGGCACUGUCUUCGCUGGCCUGCUUGUGUGGGGCUUCCAGUUGGAAAAGGCAACCAGUUGGAACGUUACACCAUGCAUCGGCAUGGCUAUCGCUGCUUUUGGAAACCAGGUACUCACUACUAUCCUCAUAUCCUUCGCAGUCGAUAGCCACAAGGGACACUCUGCUAGCAUCGGUGUUUUUAUCAACCUCUGUCGCCAAAUAUAUGGAUUCUGCGGGCCAUUUUACUUCCCUGAUAUGUAUGCCAAACUUGGGCUAAGCGGCGCUGCUGGUGUGAUGUGUGGUAUCAUCGCAAUAGUUUCUCUAACUCCUGUUCUUCUGAUUCAGUUGAUCGAUAUCAGGAGACGACCCCAGCAGCAUUGA